AUGAACAGUUUAGGAGGAAAAGUAAUCUGUAUGCCAUCAUUUUCAUCAACAGCAUUAUUAGAGGUAAUGAAUAAACACAAAAUAACAUCUAUGUACGUGGCACCCCCAAUUGUUCAGAUGCUGGCAAAUGAUGAUCGAUUUACGAAACGUCAUGUAGAGAGUAUUAAAUUAAUAACAUGUGGAGCAGCACCGACUGGCGAGGAAGUGAUUGCUAAAUUUUUAAAUCGUGUUGGUACCCAAGUAAACUUUGCCCAAGGAUACGGCCUCACGGAAACUUCCCCGGUGAUAUCUAAAAGUGUAAGCGCUCCACUUGAGUCAUCAGGAAUUUUAGUGCCGAAUACUGAAGUACGCAUCGUUGGGCAUGAAGAACAUAAUAGAGGAAAUAAUUUGGGAGUUGAUGAAACGGGUGAAAUUUUUGUACGAGGCCCGCAAGUCAUGAAAGGUUAUUUUAAAAAUCCAAAAGCUACCGCUGGUACUAUGGAAGGUGAUUGGUUUAAAACCGGUGAUUUAGGUUCUUUUGACGACAAAGGACAUUUGUACAUACGAGGACGACUCAAAGAGUUGAUAAAAGUUCAAGGUUACCAGGUGGCACCGGCGGAACUGGAAGAUAUUAUUCAGGGUCACGAAAAAAUAGCUGAUGCAGCAGUUAUAGGUGUGCCGCAUGAAAGAUACGGGGAAAUUCCAAAAGCUUUUAUAGUACCAAAAGCAAACAUGUUAAUUGAUGGCCAAGAAAUAAAGGAUUACGUUGCUAAACGUGUUGCUAAAUACAAACAACUUGGUCACGUUGUUCUAAUUGAUAAAAUUCCGAAAAGUGCUGCGGGUAAAAUUUUACGUCGAGAGUUGCAAAAAAUCUGA